AUGGCAGCAGAAGAAAAUUCGUGGCGUACUCAAACAUUCAGACAGAGUGUAAUUGCCAAAAUUGAUGAGGCAAUUCAACAAUGCGGAACAACUCCAGCAAAGAAUUCUAUUGAUAUGGAAAACCACGUAUUUUUAAAAGCUAAAUCCAAGGAAGAGUAUCUAAGCUUUGUUGCAAGAUUAAUUUUGCACGUGAGAGAAAUGAAUUCCAAGAAAACAGGGAUGGCACCAGGAGCAGGUGUUGCUACUGGACAAGGAAUUCAAAGUCCUAUGGAUGCUCUCCAAACUCUUGCUCGGCAGGGCACGACUAAUAAUCAAGUGAUGGGAAUGGCUGCUACAGCUCCUAAUCAGCAAGGAAUGAUGCCUCAAACAAUGAAUACUGCUAGUAGUCUACUUCAAAGUUUAAACCAACGACCUAAUCCAGCAAUGAAUAUGCCAAAUAUGCAAAAUAAAUCGCAAGGCAUUGGUAUGAUGUCAGCUCAGACAAGUGGAGGAAUGGGACAUAUGGGACCAAUGCAGGGAAUGCAGUCUGCACCGAUGAUGACUCAGAUGAAUCAAAUAAAUCAAGCAACUAUGCCUCAGCAAAUAAACCAAAUGGGACCUACACAAAUGGGGCAAAUGGGACCAACACAAAUAGCUACAAAUCAAAUGCAACAGAAUAUUACGAACCAAAUUCAAACGCAAAUGCCAGGACAGAUGGGUAAUCAAAUCGGCGGACCAAUGGGUAAUACAAUGCAAACAACUCCUCAAACUAUGAAUCAAAUGGGACCUGGACAAAUGGGUCCAGGACAAAUACCACCUCAAAUGGGUCACAUGCAACGUAAACCAGUUGAAAUGAUAAAUGCUGGUUUUCCUGGACCACGUAAUGUUACACCUAAUCAAUUUUUACGACAAAGUCCAUCACCUUCUGCCCCUAGUCCUGCAAGUCUUGGUGCUCCUACAAAUAAUCAGAUGGUUGCUUCACCAGCACUUGUUCCAUCCCCUAGUCCGCAACAUCCUAUGAUGGCUGGGCAGCGUUCUGUAGGUAUGGCACCUUCUCCAAGCAGUUCUUUGAAUACUCCUAGUGGUAUGGGAGCAACACCAAGUCCUCAAGAUGAACAAGCUUAUAGAGAUAAAGUCCGACAGCUUAGUAAAUAUAUUGAUCCAUUAAGAAGAAUGAUUACUAAAAUGGGAAGUGAAGGAAAUAUUGAUAAACUCAGUAAAAUGAAAAAACUUUUGGAAAUUCUAUCGAAUCCAAUGAAAAGAGUACCUUUAGAAACGAUAAUUAAAUGUGAAGUAGUGCUAGAAAAACUUGAUUUAAAAAGAGGUGAAAGCAGUGUAGGUCCUCUUGGAACAUCCAUGAAAGAACACCAUUUCUUUAGUCCACUGCUGGAAGCUGUUAGUAAUAAUCUCCAAAGCCCAAUGGCGAAUCAUACACUACAGCGAACAUUUGGUCCUUGUCUAGAAGCAUUGUUUGGUCCCGAAAUAAAAAGUUUACCCCAGCCUUUGAAAAAACAGAAGGUCGAGGAAUCUUCCAGUGAAAUCCCAGAAGUUCUUCAAGGAGAAAUCGCUCGUUUAGAUCAACGAUUUAAAGUCAGCUUAGAUCCAGCCCAGCAAAAUGGUUGUAAAUGCAUUCAAUUAAUCUGUUGGCUAGAUGAUCGUCAUCUACCAUGUGUUCCACCUGUCUUAGUUACUGUACCCUCAGAUUAUCCAUUAACUCCUCCUCGCUGUGUUAUGGCACCGCAUGAGUACACAACAGCAUUUUUAAGUGCAGUUCAAAAAGCCCUUAAUGCACGAAUUACAAAACUUCCUCGACGUUAUUCUGUCUCGCAGCUUCUUGAUACCUGGGAAAUGAGUGUACGGCAAGCCAGCGCACCAGUUCAGAAUCCAGUAACUCCUGCGUCUGUUUUAUUAGGAUUAUAGGAAAUAUUGGAUCAGUAACUGAAGAAGAUUU